GACGUAUUCAUGAGGUUGGACCGUCGUCUGGUGGCCGCUGCUUGAGCUUUGCCGAUCAAAUAAAGUCGCCUGGGGCGCGCCCGAACGGGUAACCGAAGAUUUGCUUGUUACCUGCGGCUUACUCAACGAAGACUCGUAGAACCGCCUCUUCCGUUUGUUCCAUGUUCCUUCUCGUCUAUUGACCGCCAUUCGAGGACCAUCUAUAGAGGCGGCUCCUGAUUGAAUCUGUUGCUGCUAUUACUCGCGUUUCUGCAUUUUCCAUGAAGCAUUUUCAUUUGUAGUCAUCAGGGAUAGCGCUGCUGGGCUCGGGAAGAUGCAAUAGGCGUGCUCGCUGCGUUACUUCAAAGGGUCGGCUCUAUUAACGCUGUGCCCAUACAAAAAGAGGAAGACGAGGAAGAAGAAGAAGACGAAGAGGGAGUGUAAGAGAAGAAGCAAGGAAGAAGACAUCAUCAUUGGCAAUGGAUGCGAAAGAAGCAGUAUCAGAGGCGCCGCCUUCUUCGGCGACAGAGGCUCUCACCGAGGCUCAGACGCGGGCGCUGUUUGACAUUCUCACGCACCACGAGACGUACGGCGAGAUUGAGGGCUUCAAGGCGCCGGAUGCGGUGACGAGCUACGGGCAUCCCUUUGCGCGGACGAUGAAGGUGCCCGCGAUGCAGACGCCGUCGGUGGGAGGGACGCCAAAGUCGGGGCCGGGGACGCCGACGAGGUCGAGGACGCCUGUGUCGGCGUUUUGGCUUGGCGGGAGAGGGAAGAAUGUUGUUGUUGAGGAGGAGGAGGAGGAGAAGGUGAGGCGUGGGGAUGGUGAUAGUGACGAUGAUAGUGACGUGGUGGAGGAAUCGACAUCGCCGUUGCUGCAGAUGCUGCUGACGAGGCUGGUGCUGCCGUUUCCCGGCGUGAGGGACCUGCCGCAGGGGUUUUGGGACGUCAGAAUGCAGGGCCUGCUGGCGAGGUUUGCCGAGGCGGAUUUGUCCGAGAGCUUUGAUAAGGGGGCGAUGGGCACGCGGAAGACGCUGGCGACGGGGGCGAGCAGCGUGAUGGAGAUGGUGGCGAGGGGGCUGCUGGGCGGGGUGGACAGAGGAGGAGGAGGAGGAGGAGAUGGAUCUGAGGAGGACAAGGAGACGAGGCUGAAGGGAGAGUAUGAUGAGGACAAGGCUGAGGAGCUGGCGAGGGCGUUUGAGGAUGCGUGGCGGGAGUGGGCGUAUGGGCGGCUGGUGGAGGAGAUGUUUGAUCAUGUCAAGGUGACGGAGGAUGUGGAGAGCCAUUCGCCGAUGAUGAAGGCGGCCCUGGAUUAUGCCAUUAUACACCUGGCCACAUUUGCCCAUCACAUCUUCAUCCUCUCGCCAGAGGGCCAGUACCUCCUCAAGCUCAUCGAAAACAUCAACAGCCUGAUCCCCUACAAGAUGAUCAAGCAGACGCUGCGCAUCGGCAACGCCGCCACCAUGAUUAGCGGCAUGAUGCGCCUCAUGCUGGCCAAGCUGAGCGUCACGAGCCUGACCAACUGGGUCGGGCUGACGGCCAAUGCCGACGACGGGAUGAAUCUCCUGCAGAGGAUCAUUUCGCUCGUCUUGUCGUGGGACGCGUCGGAAUUCAAAAAGAGCGCGGACAAGGUCGAGAAGGGCAAGGGGGAUGCGGCGCCGACGGAUGAGAUGCUGGAGGCGAUACGGCUGUACGUGUCGCUGCCGAGGAGUGAGCAUGUUGCCGCGAGGGAGGAGAGCGUGACGAAGUCGAGGUCGAUUGUCGUGACGAUUCUCGAGGCGGCGGAUCCGCAGCUCGCAAAGGCGCUGACGGAGGCGCAGCACGCGCAGUGCUUGGAGUAUUACUCUGCGCUGCUGUCGGUGCAUGACCGCGAUGCGAUUACGUCCGUCUUGUGUCGGCAGCCGCCGGAUCUGUUUACGCAGGCGCUCAAGGAUAUUGUGGGGGCGUAUGAGCCGAUUAUAAGGAGCGUGCACUCGCGGGUUGAUUUGCGGUUCUAUCUUGAGGCGAUGCAGGGGUUUAUUGCGGAUUUUAUUCGCGCGAGUAGGCCCAAGAAAGGGGGCAGGAGGGAGGACGAAGGGGGGGAGGUGGCGAGCGUGGAGGAUUACGUGGUGUUGUUGAGGAAUAAUCGGGGGUUGCUGUAUCGGUGGAUUCAUGACUUUGCGAAGAAUUGUCCCGAGGUGUGGGAGGACUUUCGGACGUGGGCGAAGGAUGUGGCUGUGAGGUUUCGGCAGCCUCGUUUUGGUGGUGGUGAUGAUGAUGGCAGUGGAAACAAGAGGAGUAUGAAGGAGCAGCUGGGCGAAUUGUUUGCUUCUCUUGACGAGGCGACUAAAGACAAGGUGCGCCAGGCCAUUGACUCACACGCGCGGUAUCUCGAUUCAGUCACGCAGCUCUCCCAGCGGCGCUUGCAGGCCGUCAUCAAUGCCACUGCGGUCUCAUCGGAAGCAGCUGCUUCUCGCAAACACCAGAUGACGUCCGGCCCGGGGGUCUAUCUCUCGCAGUGGCAGUCCCUGCUCGACACGACGGUGAUUACGCCGUCGUCGAAGGAGGGCGCCCCUCGGCAUGGAGAGGAUGUCAAGUUUGUUACGACGAUGGGGAAGCUGGGUCUUGGGGGGAGGAAGUUGGCGGGUGGGACGGGGGAUGGUGAAGAGGAGUUGAAGGCGCCGGAUGUGAGCGUUGUGGUAGAGGCGCUGGGGGAGGCGUUUAGGGGGGUUGUGAGGGAGAGGGCAAAGGAAGAUGUUUUGAAUGAAUGAGUGAGUGAGUGAGUGAGUGAGUAGUGAGGGAGAAUGUAGGAUAAUGGCGGAUGUGAAUAUUUUCUUAUUUCUUUCUUGGGUAUUUACGCAUAGGCAUAAAUGGGAAUUAGAGCAUGGCAUCACAGAAGAGAGAGGGGGAGAGAGGGAGUAAAGUAUCAAAUGCUGCAUGUAUGUUUGUAAACUUUGCUAAUGAGAUAUGUUGGCGAUAAAAUAGUAAGGCCUGUAUAAUAAAUAAUAAGAAGAAGAAAAAGCUAGAUGUGAAAAUUAAAAAAAAAAAAGUAGAAAAUGCU